AAUAGCGGAACGGGGGCGGAAGGGAAGUUUGUCGCUCCGGGGCUGCCGUCUGUGAGGAGGUCGCGGGGUGGCUGUGUCCUUCCGCGCUCUCCGUAGCCCGACAUGGCGGAGUACUCCUGCGUUAAAUCCACCAAGCUGGUCCUCAAGGGGGCGAAGGAGAAAAGCAAGAAGAAGCACAAGGAGAAGAAAAGGAAAAGGGAAGAGGAUGUGGCAGAGCAGCUGGAUAUUGUUGGAAACUGGUGGGCUGUCAGUAAUUUCGGUGAAAUUACAGGAACUAUAGCUAUAGAAAUGGAUAAAGGAGCUUACAUCCAUGCCCUCGACAAUGGCUUGUUUACGCUUGGAGCACCACAUAAAGAUGAUGAAGGCCCCAGUCCUCCUGAACAGUUUACAGCAGUAAAGUUGUCUGACACGAGGAUUGCUCUGAAGUCUGGUUAUGGCAAAUACCUUGGUAUAAAUUCAGAUGGACUCGUUAUUGGACGUUCAGAUGCAAUAGGAUCAAGAGAGCAAUGGGAACCUGUCUUCCAAGAUAAGAAAAUGGCAUUACUAGCAGCAAAUAGCCGCUUUAUUAGAUGUAACGAAGAAGGAGACAUAGAAGCCAAAAGCAAAACUGCAGGGGAAGAAGAAAUGAUAAAGAUUCGUACUUGUGCUGAAAGAGAAGCUAAGAAGAAAGAUGAUGUUCCACAAGAAGACAAAGGAAACGUUAAACAGUGUGAAAUCAAUUACGUAAAGAAAUUCCAAAGUUUUCAAGACAAAAAGCUUAAAAUAAGCAAAGAAGAUACAAAAGCCCUCAGAAAAGCCAGGAAAGAAGGCACUUUUCAUGAAAUGCUACUUGACAGGAGAGCAAAAGUGAAAGCGGAUAGAUACUGCAAAUGACAGCCAGCUGGUCCAUUUUCUUCUGCAUCUGUGAUGAUAGGGUCAAAUUGAAGAGUAAAAUGUUUUAUAAUUAUUUUUUAUUGAAGGUGCUUUGCUCAUGUUUUUAUUAUGUUAUUUUUAAAGGAUCACCUGAGAGCUAUAAUUAAGCACCAAACUAAUGUAAUCUUUCAGUAAUGAAUACUAAGUUUACUCUAAAACUACAUGCUAUUGAAAGAGUCAGAUAAUUAUUUAAUGGAAAAGAAAUUGACCCACUGAAUCUUCCAAGGUUGAUGAAAAGAACCUUAGAGACAGGGCAGAAGACAUUAAAGGCAGAAGAGAAUGACGAUGAAGUUCAAAAGUAAAAUAUGGUUAACGCAUUGAACCAUUAAGAAAUAUGUAACUGUAUUGAAGAAGCAAUUGAAAAUGUGUGUCUUGGAACACGUCAUACCAGAUCCUGAGUGGGACAUCUGUGGAGCUGUUCUGCACUGCACCAGAUGAGGACUGGGCCAGAAUACUCAGGCUUCAUAAAACAAUGUUCAAAAUAAAUCCACUGUUCAGGUUCCAUAUGCUGGAAAGACUGUUGACAAGUCGCAAGAACCCUAUUACGAAUGAAAAUGCGGGUGCUUCGUAAGGAAAGGGGAUGACUCCUGUGUUAGCAGCCUGCUUAUUUUACAAGAAGACAAAAAUUCAUUUUGCAAACUUGUUGGUUUCUCCACAGCACGGACUUAAAUUUGUUUAAUAAAACAGCAGGGACUUUUCUUAAGGUCAUAGUCUAAUAUGCAUUCCUAGCAUCCCAUAUAAAACAUGGUUACCUGUGUCUGUUCUGAUUACCCAAGAAGAUUUUCAGUAACAACAUCUCCAUAGGAACUGCCUCAGUCAGAACAAUUGCUUACUCUUGCCACAGCUUCUGUAAUCUGCAUCAUAAAGUUUACUUGGUAACAAUGUUGAGGAUUUUUAUGUUAAAAAUGUGAAUUGUGUUAAUGGAGCUUCUCCUAGCUGUCUAUUUCCAAACCUUGACAAUUUUGACAGUUUGAAAUUGUCAGAACUGACAGUUCAAACCUGAACUGCAUACAUAGUACAAAACAGUAAGCUCAUGCAGGGUAAUGAUGCAUCUAAGCAGUGCACAAGAACAGACCCAUGAAGUCUAGUCAGUAAUGACAGUUUAUAGCGGUCUAAUUUCAUAGGCAGUUGGUCUUGAGGAAGAAGCAGGAAGAAUUUAAGUAUGUCAUAAUUGUUUAAACCCUCUAUUGACUUUUCAGCAUGAAAAUAAAUUACAGCUGGGUAGGGAAGGCUAGCCGAGGUUAGCAAUAAAAGCACAUUUUUCCAGGAAUGUAGAAAAAAAUGUUAUAGUCCAUAGAGAUUUUAUGGAACCAAAAGAAGAAAAUCUCCAUGGGCUGGGCACGUUCAUGAUGUAACAUAGGGAUUCUUAGAAACUCAUUUGUUUCUAGAAAAGCAAACAAAAAUCCAGACCUUUCUCUGAUGACAUUUUUAACGUUUCCAUAUCCAGCUCUAUCCUGCUGAGUACAGAGAUUUUUGUUACAGGGCUUUUCCCUCUAAGAUAGUAACAUUUAUUUGUUUUAUACCUGUUAAGCCUACUAUUCAUUUAAUAUGCCUUUUACAAGAAUAGGGACACUCACUAGUUCCUUGUAUGAAUAUCUAUUUUGGAAUGAGUGCCUUUUCUUCCCACUUUAGCUUUUUCUGUAGGGGGAGAUACUGAAUGAGAAAUCAAAAUGCCCCCUCUCAGGAGCUGGUUUGUACAGCCAUGUUGGGACAGUUGUAGUCAUAACUUUUUUAUAUGGACACAUCCUUGGAGACCUUUCUGUCAUUCCAGCUGCUCCAUAAGGUUUUGUAUUUUAACGAUGAUAGAAGUUGUAACAGAAUGCCAAGAAAUUAAAAGCAAGGUCUACACUGAAUGGAAAAAGAAAAUUAGUAAAACUGUCAAAUGAGAAUUUUUCCCCUCAGUUUCAGGGGUGCAAAAGAUCCUGUGGUAGCUGUUUUUGUUUUUUUUUUUUAAACUUAAAUGAUCUAGAGAAGUCUUUUCCCCCAUAUCUAUCCGAUGAUUGUAUUUCAGGAAAUACUGUUAGCCAAAAUGUAAUAGUAUCAGAUGGUCAUGUAAACAAUGAAGUGCUUGACCUCUUUACCAUA